UUUAUAAGAGAUGUCAAGAGGACCUCUUAGUUUAACCCUUAAGCAAUGUACUCACCAUUGGAUAUAGAUGGCACUUAACCCUCCACAGAUGGCAGACGGCGAGCCAGUCAGAGUUGCUGGUGAAUACUUCAUGCUUAAAAGAAAAGGAAUCGAAUUUGAAUGUAAAGUUAAGGGUGAAGGAAAGUUUAAAGGAGUAGGAUACCUUGUCCUAACAACGUGCAGAUUGGUACUGAUUAACACUAAGUCUAAAUCAAAGUUUAAUGCCUUCGAUUUGCCACUUGCUCACAUUUUCUCAGAAAGCUUUAAACAACCAAUUUUUGGAGCAAACUAUGAAAAAGGGAUGUGAAAACCUCUAUUCGGUUGCUUUCAGUCUGAUAUUGAGUGGAAAAUAUGGUUCAUGGAAGGAGGAUGAAUGGCCUUUUUGAAAACAUUAAAGAAGUGUUUGAAAGAAGUUAGAAAUACUGAUGGUUUUGCUGAAGGCUUAGCAGAGUAUGCUCAAUCUCAGACCUUUAUGACUGAUUUCGCUUAUCUUGAUGCAACUGAUAUUAGUACAGUGUACGUAACUCAACCUAUCAUUCCUGGCAGUGCUCCUGCAUAUAGUGGAGCCCCAGCACCUUCACCAGCUCCAUCAUCUGAUUAUGCACCUGCUCCAUCAUCUGGUUAUGCACCUGCUCCAAGUUAUGCUCCGGUUGCGGCUCCUGCACCAACUCCAGCAUACCCUUCCUAUGCUCCUACUGGAGUCCCUGUAGAUCCACCAGCUGCAAUGGGAGUCCCUGUAGGUCACUCCCUACCCUCGGUAGGUUCAUCUGCACCUGCUCCAACCGGUUACCCAUCCCCUGCACCACCUCCAGGAGGUGUUCCCUCCUAUAUGGAAGAGCCCAUGUACGCUCCAGUUUCUUCUCCAGCCCCAGCACCUGCUCCUGCUCCAGCGCCAGGGCAUUAUUAUAAUUACCAAUAG